AUGGGUCAUUAUCGGUGGUUUCAGCAGACGAUUGUAUUGUGGGUGACACUGCUUCUCCUUCAUCAGGGAUAUACGCUGAUUCCAGUAACCACAGUUCAGCUUGGUGAACCUGCAACCUUUACAUGGAAGACUCAGAAGACGUCAAACUACACUGUUGUUCAGCCGCCAGCGUCUGAUCCGGUCCGAGCAGGAGCCCCGAUGACUCUGCAGUGUUCAGUCCUCUCUGACUCUGAGACAAAGACGUGUCCAGGAGAUCACAGCGUGUUCUGGUUCAGAGCUGGGACAAAAGAAUCUCAUCCAAACAUCAUCUACACUGAUGGAAGAACAAGCAAUGAAUGUUCAGAAUUGAUUUUCCUGCUGUGUGUUGUCCAGGCUUUAAGUCUGAUUGUUAUCAUCUGCCUCAUUUACGCCCUCAAGAUAAAAGAGUCUGAUUGUUACAACGGUUACAAUGCUGCUGUUGCCAUGCACAAACACAGGAGUGGUCAGCAGAGAGAUGAGGACGCACAGUUUUAUUCUGCUGUUGUCUUCACCGUGAUGAAAACUGGAUGUGAUGCAAUGAAGGAGAAAAACGCAGCAGAGAAACAGAGGAUCUACGCUGCUGUCAAAGCUUUUGGGUUGGAUUAG